AUGAAGCUCAAUGUGGGAGUAGCAGUGUUGGUUGUGACCAUCUUUGCCAUCCUGAUCGAUGGUUACAGCUGCAAAGUGGUGCAGUUCAUAUUUGGCGAUUCUCUCUCUGAUGUUGGAAACAACAAGUACUUGAGCAAGAGCCUCGCCCAAGCAAGCCUCCCCUGGUAUGGUAUUGAUUUUGGCAAUGGUUUGCCUAAUGGGAGAUUCUCUAAUGGUCGAACAGUUGCUGAUAUUAUAGGUGAUAACAUGGGUCUCCCGAGGCCACCUGCAUUUCUAGACCCAUCUUUAACCGAAGAUAUGAUACUCCAAAAUGGAGUGAACUAUGCUUCUGGAGGUGGUGGAAUCUUGAAUGAAACUGGUGGCUUAUUUAUUCAAAGGUUUUCACUCUCCAAGCAGAUCGAGCUGUUUAUAGGGACACAAACAUUGAUAAAGAGCAAAAUUGGCAAAGAGGCAGCAGACAAGUAUUUCCAAGGAGCUCGUUACGUUGUCGCUUUAGGCAGCAAUGACUUCAUCAACAAUUAUUUGAUGCCAGUCUAUAGCGAUUCUUGGAACUACAACGAUCAAAGCUUCAUCGACUACUUGAUGGAAACACUGAAGGCACAACUUCAGCUGUUGCAUGCUUUAGGGGCAAGGCAGCUGAUGGUGUUUGGUUUAGGACCAAUGGGUUGUAUCCCACUACAGAGGGUCCUAAGUACAUCUGGGGAUUGUGUAGAUAGAACAAACAAAUUAGCUCUCAGCUUCAACAAAGCUGGAAGCAAAUUAAUGGACGAUUUGAACGCCAAACUUCCUAACGCCAGCUACAGAUUUGGUGAUGCUUAUGAUGUUGUCAAUAAUGUGAUCAGCAAUCCAAGCAAAUAUGGAUUCAGUAAUUCAGACUCACCAUGCUGCUCAUUCGGAAGAAUAAGACCGGCUCUUACAUGUGUGCCUGCAUCAGUACUAUGCAAAGACAGAAGUAAAUAUGUAUUCUGGGAUGAGUACCACCCGUCAGAUAGCGCUAACCAGCUUAUUGCCACUGAGCUCAUCAAGAAAUUCGGUUUCACGCGUGUCGAUCAGGGCAAUGCUCCUUCCUCAGCACCAGCAAUUGCUCCAUCCCCAGAUCAGGAGUAACAAAGACAUGAAGAAUGAAUACUUAAAUUAAGUCGGAGUGUGCAUUCCACUUGAUUAAUCAGGUGUACUGCUUAUUAUUUCAUAACACAGUUUCUUGCUUGGGGAUGAUUACACAGUUUUUCCUUCCGGUUUGUAAACAGAAAUAUGUAUUUUUCUUAGUUCUUAUUGUUCAAGGUUUUUCUUUUUAAUAAAGCCUAUAGUAGUUUGUUCCAAACACGCAUUAAUCUCCAUCAGGUUUAAACUC